CCCAAACUAGCAACUCCGGCGGGAUCUGCGAACCCUAUUCCACUUCAAUGAAAAAUAAAAAAAAAAAUAAAAAAAAAUAAAAAAGAGGCUCCGUGCGGCACAGAUUGUUUCCUCCUCGUCGUCAUAUACUUCCAUCAGACACCUUUCUCGAGAGCCUGAGAUUGACAUAUAUAUAAAAUAGUACACAGAACUAAUUGACAAAAUGCUGGUUGCUCCGAACGUCAAGGCUAUGCUGUUCACGGACUGGGACGGCACUGUUACCAUCCAGGACAGCAAUGAUUACAUGACCGACAACAUCGGUUUCGGCGAGGAGAGACGGAAGGAGUUGAACAGACUUGUGCUGGAGGACAAGAUGACGUUCAGAGAUUCGUUCACAGAGAUGCUCAAGUCGGUUAAGAAGCCUUUCCCCGAGUGCAUCGAGUACCUGAAAGCGCACGUCGAGCUCGACCCCGGCUUCGCCGACUUUUACAAGUGGUCCGUGGAGGCAGGCCUCCCCGUGAUCAUCGUCUCGUCCGGCAUGAAACCCAUCAUCCACGCGCUCCUCACCAAGCUCGUCGGCCAGCACGCCGCCGACUCCAUCGAGAUCGUCGCCAACGACGUCGACGUCCACCCCGACGGCUCAUGGGACAUCGUCUACCGCGACGAGUCCGGCUUCGGCCACGACAAGUCCCGCUGCAUCAAGCCCUUCGCCGAACUCCCGGACGAGUCUCGACCGAUGCUGUUCUACGCCGGCGACGGCGUGUCGGAUUUGUCGGCCGCGAAGGAGACGGAUUUGCUGUUUGCAAAGGUCGGGCGGGAUUUGAUCACCUACUGCGAGCGUGAGGGUAUUCCCUACCACGUCUUCCACUCGUACAAGGAUAUUCAUGAGAAAAUCAAGGCGAUCGUCGAGGGCAAGGAGACUAUUGCGGGCGCGAUCGAGAACAAGGAUAAGGCGAGCGCGCUUGCUUCCCAUCAUUGAUUAGGAGAAGAAAGAGAGAUGUUAUCGAAUACAAGUUAUGUUUGGAAGUAAAAAACGAUUAAAUAAUUAUAUACAUAAUGAACCUAGAGAUAAAAUUGGUUUGAUUUAGUUGGUUUUGUAUGUCGCGAUUAGAUGAAUAAUUGCUGGUAUGUGAAGUAUAUAGUGUAAAUGAUAUGGUC